AUGACAGUGGUCACUGGAAAACAAGGAGAUCCUAUGCCUCCAAGAGUUUGCUUCUCCGAAGAGGCUAGGAACAUCCUUUCUGAACCAUACAAGGAAACAAUUGUGAUUAAGGUUCUUGGAAAAAACCUUAGUUACACGGCCAUGUUUCAUAAAUUGAAAGGGGUCUGGAGGAUCACCGGUGGAAAUGAAAUCUUGGAUGUGGGUUUUGGGUACUUCCUCGUUAAAUUUGAUCGCAUGAACGAUCGAGAGAAGGUUUUACUAGGGGGGUCAUGGAUGAUCUUCGGUCACUAUAUUGCGGUCAAGCCAUGGACACCGGAUUUUAAACCUUAUGAGGACACUUUCGAGGAGACUAUGGUUUGGAUUCGAAUCUCUGGUUUGAGCAUAUGGUACUAUCAGGAUAAAGCCAUGAUGAGAAUCGCUUCUGCUGUGGGAAGACCAGUCAAGGUGGAUCUGGCUACUAAGUUGGUGGAAAGGGGAAAAUUUGCUCGGGCUUGCGUGCAAAUUAAUCUUGAUUUGCCGGUGGUCCGGAGUGUGAUUGUCGAUGAGUUUGAAUAUAAGGUGGAGUAUGAAUGCUUACACCUUAUUUGUGACAAGUGCAAUUAUUUCGGGCAUCCAACAACUGACUGCAGAAUGACCCCAAUAGAUUCGGAAAGGGUGGAUCGAAAGGAAACAUCAGUGACCGAGACGGCGGCCCGGGUGGUGCAGCCACAGGAAGCUUCAAAAGAGAAAAUUUUUGAAUUUGGAUGCAAUCCUAAAGAGUCAGUGAUAGUUGCAGAAAUUGGGGAGGAAUUAGAUGAUACGUUGCAUGGGAAGGAAGUGGGGUCCUAA